ACAGGGUUUCACCAUGUUGGCCAGCCUGGUCUCAAACUCCUGACCUCAGGUGAUCCACUUGCCUUGGCCCCCAAAGUGCUGGGAUUACAGGCAUGAGCCACUGUGCCCUGCUGACAAGUCCCCUUAACCUCUUUCUGCCUCACUCAACUCACCGGGAAAACAGAGCACCUAUAUCCUUCAAAGAAGAGAAUUAAAGGAGUAUAAGGCCAUCAGAACAGUACCUGGCCCAAGGGAGGCUAUGGAAGUGCAUGUUAAAUUUAAAAAAUGGCUUCAUCUCUGGCCUAGUACCAAAGAUUUGGGUUCCUGCCAUUGCCACCCAGAGAGUCCUGGGUGGAGGCCCUGCUGACAUUGAAGAGUGCCUGCCCUGCUCCCCUCAAUGCGGUAGACACUUUCCAAAACUUACGUCAUCCUCACUCCAGUGGGAUAAUGGGAGGCUUGGUGUACCUCGUUCCCAAGAUGAGGGAACAGGCCCCAGGAGGACCACAUCACCAGCAAGUGACAGGCUGGGAACAAGUCCAAGCCUGUCUGCCUCCAAGACUGAGCCUGAAUAAGGACCGGCCAGAGUACAGCCCACCUGCUUCCUCCUCCGUCUAGAGCUUAGGCUGGAGCUGUCCUAGCCAGUGCUCUCUGCCCUACCAGCCUGCAUGAGCCACAAGCUGCCAUUUCCUGGAGCUCAGUGGCCCUGUCCUAGACAGCCCUGCUGGAGGUCAUGAAGGCCCCGAGAAGGCUGUGAACACCUGCAUGGUGAUGAGCCCAACCUUCCCACUUCUCUUGAUCCGUUUCAGGCUCUGACUCCGCUACAGCAUCGUGUGCUUCUGUCUGAGAAGCAGAGAGACUGAAAGUAUCUGCUGCCGCCUGGAUUCUCCCAGAGCUUUCCUGGGACACCAGCUCAGGUCCUCGCAAAUCAUCCUGAGGGUACAGCCCAGAACUGUCUUCCGAGAAAGAGGUGUUCUCCUGGAUUCUCACUGUCCCAGGCCUCAGCAAGGCAAGCGAGGUGCUACUGUCAGCCAGGCUGGACCGUUAAGUUAUUUGCCUGAGGCCCCACGGCAGACUUCCACUGGAGGCUGAGAAAGGCAGAAGGAGGUCACAUCGAGUCCCCCAGAAAGGACUGGGCUACUCAUGCUUCUGGUAACCACCCUUGAUCUUCAGGAGAACGAGAAGGCUGCCUGACCAGUGAGUCUCUGAAGAAGAUUCUGUGACUACAGGCUCCUGCAGAGUGUGAGGGAGACCCAGUGAUAUCCUCAGCUGUUUCCACCAAAUCCUUCCUUCUUUUGUGGCCAACUCCUCAGGCAAGGCAGGGGCCCCGUCUGCUGGUGGAUGCAGAGCCAUGAAGAAGCAGUUAGUGGUGCUGGGCCUGCUGGCCGUGGUCCUGGUGCUGGUCAUUAUUGGCCUCUGUCUCUGGCUGCCCUCCACCUCCAAGGAACCUGCCAACCACGUGUACUCUAGGGCUGCCGUGGCUGCGGAUGCCAAGCGCUGCUCGGAGAUUGGGAGGGACGCACUGCGGGACGGCGGCUCUGCGGUGGACGCAGCCAUUGCCGCCCUGUUGUGCUUAGGGCUCAUGAACGCCCACAGCAUGGGCAUUGGGGGCGGCCUGUCCCUUACCAUCUACAGCAGCAGCACUCGAAAAGCUGAGGUCAUCAAUGCCCGCGAGGUGGCCCCCAGGCUGGCCUUUCCUACCAUGUUCAACAGCUCCGAACAGUCCCAGGAGGGGGGGCUGUCGGUGGCAGUGCCUGGAGAGAUCCGAGGCUAUGAGCUGGCGCAUCAGCGGCAUGGGCGGCUGCCCUGGGCUCGCCUCUUCCAGCCCAGCAUCCAGCUGGCCCGCCAGGGCUUCCCUGUGGGCAAGGGCUUGGCGGCAGCUCUGGAAAACAAGCGGGCCGUCAUAGAGAAGCAGCCUGUCUUGUGUGAGGUGUUCUGCCGGGAUGGAAAGGUGCUUCGGGAGGGGGAGAGACUGACCCUGCCGCAGCUGGCUGACACCUACGAGACGCUGGCCAUCGAGGGCGCCCAGGCCUUCUACAACGGCAGCCUCACGGCCCAGAUUGUGAAGGACAUCCAGGCGGCCGGGGGCAUCAUGACAGCCGAGGACCUGAACAGCUACCGUGCUGAGCUGAUCGAGCACCCGCUGAACAUCAGCCUGGGAGACGCAGUGCUCUACAUGCCCAGCGCACCACUCAGUGGGCCUGUGCUGGCUCUCAUCCUCAACAUCCUCAAAGGGUACAAUUUCUCCCGGGCGAGCGUGGAGACCCCUGAGCAGAAGGGCCUGACGUACCACCGCAUCGUAGAGGCUUUCCGGUUUGCCUACGCCAAGAGGACGCUGCUUGGGGACCCCAAGUUUGUGAAUAUAACUAAGGUGGUCCACAACAUGACCUCCGAGUUCUUCGCCGCCCGGCUCCGGGCUCAGAUCUCUGACGACACCACCCACCUGACCUCUUACUACGAGCCCGAGUUCUACACGCCGGAUGACGGGGGCACUGCCCACUUGUCUGUCAUCGCAGAGGACGGCAGUGCUGUGUCUGCCACCAGCACCAUCAACCUCUACUUUGGCUCCAAGGUCCGCUCCCCGGUCAGCGGCAUUCUGUUCAAUGAUGAAAUGGACGACUUCAGCUCUCCCAACAUCAUCAACGAGUUUGGGGUGCCCCCCUCACCCACAAAUUUCAUUCAUCCAGGGAAGCAACCACUCUCAUCCAUGUGCCCGACGAUCAUGGUGGGCAAGGACGGCCAGGUCCGGAUGGUGGUGGGAGCUUCUGGGGGUACACAGAUCACCACGGCCACGGCACUGGCCAUCAUCUACCACCUCUGGUUCGGCUAUGACGUGAAGCGAGCUGUGGAGGAGCCCCGGCUGCACAACCAGCUUCUGCCCAACGUCACGACAGUGGAGAGAAACAUUGACCAGGUAGUGACUGCAGCCCUGGAGGCCCGGCAUCAUCACACCAAGAUCGCGUCCUCCUUCAUCGCUGUGGUGCAGGCCAUCGUCCGCACGGCUGAUGGCUGGGCAGCUGCCUCAGACUCCAGGAAAGGCGGGGAGCCUGCUGGCUACUGAGUGCUCGGGGCAGACAAGUCCCACCAGCAAUCCAGGGACAAGAUACUCACCAGGGCCAGGAAGGGGACUUUGGGGGAUGUGCCUCCCCUGUGAGCAGCAGAGCAAUACAAUAAAUGAGGCUGCUGUGCCAGGCUUCAGGCAGCCUCCCUGGUCUGGCUCCCCACUC